AAAACCUAUAUUGGAUCAGGUGAUGAAUAUUUCUGGAUCUCAGCAUGUCUAGUAAAUAUACUGUUUGUGUGGUAUGCGAUUAUCAGAACAUUAACACACCAUCAGUGGUCUGGUGUGCAGAAUGUGACAAAAGACUUUGUGAAGGAUGUAAAGUGCACCAUGCAGCUUCAAAGGUGACCAGAGACCAUAGUAUUUUACUACGAUCCGAUUACCAAAAUCCACCUUCUUAUAUAUUGGAAAUCACUCAAACUUGUCCAAAGCACGAAGAAAAAUACCAAAUAUUUUGUAAGAAGCACGAUUGUCUAUGUUGUAGGCGAUGUGUUGUUGAAACACAUAACGAUUGCAAAGAUUUAAACGCGAUAGAAGAUGUCAUUAAGAAUGUAAAAUUAUCAAAUGCAAUUUUACAAAUGGAAUAAAUGUUAACAAAUCUUUCAGAAAAUUUGCCAAGAAUAAGAAAAGAUCGACAAGAAAACAUUAAAAGUUUAAGGGAGAACACGACAAAAAUAGAAAAAGAAGUUCAGCAGUUGAUUAACACUCAUUUGGAUAAGCUACAAGAAAAUUUGACGAAAGAGUUGCAGCCGUUGAGGAAAAGGAAAACAAAAACAUCACAAACAUAAUAUUAUCAAUAGAAGAGAAAGAAAGAGAAAUUACCGAAAGCCAAACUAUUUUAGAUAAAAUAAAACAACAUGCAUCAGACCUCCAGACUUUCUUAGCUAUGAAACACAUCCAACGCGAUGUCACGAACAACGAGCAAUUUCUGGAAUCUUUAAUAAAAGAAGAGAAAAUGAACCAUGCAUCUAUUUCUUGGAAAAACGAAAAUGCUGUGGAGAUUUUACCUACCCAAAUCAAGAAGAUGGGAACCAUAAUACUAGAUAUCAGGCCAGGUGAAGCAGAAUUAACAAACAGAAAGGGUAAACAAGCACAGUUAAUUAUGCCUAUUACACAUGUUCCUACCAUUGAUGAUGUCAGACUUACUUUAAGACAAACCGUGAAAACACAUGGAAAUGAUAUCACUGGUUGCUCCUUUCUUCCUGAUGGCAGAAUGAUUUUUUCCUGCUAUCGAAACUGCCUAAUUAGCGUUCUGCAAACCAACGGGUCUUUACAUUUUACAUUGAAACCAGGAUUCCGUACAUCGCAGAUAUACUAUAUUGAGGAAAGCCAAAAACUUGUCGUAACAAAUGGGAGUAACCACAAUUGCGUUAAGAUUAUUGAUAUGAAGAGCAGAAAAACUGAAAAAUUGAUUGAUGUUGGAUCAGAGAAUUAUGGAAUAGUUCAUAAAGAUGGGAAAUUGUACUGUAAUGGACAUAAAGGAGGAUUACGUGUUGUAAGUUUAGAUGAGGACUCUAUAAUACAGUUAGUAAACGCUACCUUGAGUCGAUAUAGCAGCAUUGCAAUAUGGUCAGAUAAACUUUAUGUUAUAGGCAAUGAUGAUUCAGUAAUAUGCUGUGAUCUCCAAGGGGCUGUUAAAUGGAGAUUAGAACUAAACACUUUUCUUAAGUCGGCACGAGGUAUUACAGUCAACAAUUGUGGAUAUGUUUACGUAGCGGGAUUUUUUUCUAACAAUGUCGUUGUUAUUUCACCAGAUGGAAACAAGCACAGAGUGUUGCUGUCAGAGAAAGAUGGUCUUGAUCAUCCACAAGCUUUGUGUUACAACCAAAAACAUAACAUUUUACUAGUCGCGAAUGAAAGAAAAAAUGCAUUUAUUUAUGACGUUUCAAAAUAA